CAAAAUCUUAAGAGUGCUACAAAAAUGGCGUCUCUGUUUUCGCAUCCUCCAUUUGUAUCACUCCCAAAAAGAAGAGGCAAUUACUAUACAACUAAUUGUGUGUCACCGCAAUCUGAGCCACCUCCUCCAUCUGAUCAAAAUCUAAGUUCAAACUCUGUCGAAAAGCAAAUCAAGCCGAGAACUGCUGCAGAAUCAACUGAUUGGAUUGCUUCCACCUUGACGAGGCGGUUCGGCAUCGGCGCCGGCCUAGCGUGGGUUGGCUUUCUCGCCGUUGGAGUCGUUUCGGAACAAAUCAAGACGCGCUUGGAAGUUUCUAGAGAAGAAGCAACCACAAGAGAUGUCGACAAGGAAGUAGAGGUCGUAUUGCCAAACGGCAUAAGGUACUAUGAAUUGAGAGUUGGAGGCGGGUCAUCGCCGCAAACGGGCGACUUGGUAGUGAUGAAUGUAAAGGGAAGGGUGCAAGGAAGCGGAGAGGUGUUUGUGGACACAUUUGAGAAUAGGGCUAUAGCCCUUGUGUUGGGUUCAAAGCCAUAUGGUAGAGGAAUAUGUCAAGGUUUGGAAUAUGCAUUGAGAGACAUGAAAGGUGGAGGGAAAAGAAGAGUGAUUGUUCCACCAAAUCUGGGAUUUGGAGAAGAAGGUGCUGAUUUGGGGGGAGGUGUUCAAAUUCCGCCAUCAGCCACCCUUGAAUAUGUUGUAGAGCUUCAGAAAGUUUCAAUUGCACCUGCCUGAUAGUUUCAAUUGCACCACUCUGAUGCAUAUUUUAUCAUUUACAACUCAUAAAUGUACAUUUUGUUUGCAUUAUUA